AUUUUCCCUUGGGCCUUCAUAAUUCUUAUCCAUCCAUCAAUCCACUUUCCCAAUCCCAGCGAGCGAACCUGUGUGGCUUCCAUCUCUCAAAAGCCAAAGCACUUGCCAUGGCAUUGGCAGCAGCAUCAACGAGUAUGAGCUUCAACCUGGCAACAGCGUUCAAAGGCCUUUCUCUGUCGUCUUCCUCUUCCUCUUGCUCCUCCUUCUUCGCAGGGACUUCCCUCCGCGCGGGCCCCACCUCGGUGGUGUCUCUGCCCCGGAGGUGCCCGCUCACCAUAGAGAACGCCCACAAGAAGGGAGCGGGCAGCACCAAGAACGGCCGCGACUCGCAGAGCAAGCGCCUCGGAGUCAAGAUUUACGGCGACCAAGUCGCCAAGCCCGGUUCCAUCAUCGUUCGCCAGCGCGGAACCAAGUUUCAUGCAGGAAAGAAUGUGGGGCUUGGAAAAGACUAUACCAUCUUCUCCUUGAUUGACGGAGUUGUAAAAUUUGAGAAAUUUGGACCUGACAGGAAAAAGAUCAGUGUUUACCCUCGAGAAGUACAACCUGAGAAUCCCAACAGCUAUAGAGCAAGGAAGAGAGAGUUCUUCAGGAUGAGGCGUGAACGCAAAAAAGCUAGACAAGAAGAAGCAAUACUUAAAUCUCAACUGGUGCUUGCUUCCGCUGAUGAUGCAGCAAUCACCAAUCCGUUGUGUUGAUUCUGAUUCAAUCACCUCAAUGUGUAAAAUAUCCCGGUCCCAAUUUUCUGCUUUUAUGUAUCUGUGAAACCUUAGCAUUGUAUUGAAUUUCAUUGAAGUAGCAAAAUACCAAGUUGAUUGAACCAUUCGUGGCCAUAA